AAAAGAAAGCAAAAAACGUCACAGUUCCGAUCAUGCAUCUUUCUCUUUCUGUAUUCCCUUCUUUUGAGUUUUCCCUCUCUACACCUUUCAUCGUCGGGAAAACUGAGUUCAGAUCCGGUUGUUUGAUAUGACGUCGGACGAGACGAUGACCAAUGUUUCGUCUAUGCAGGAGGAUGAGUAUGAUGAGACUGAUGAUGGGUAUGGGUUGGAUCAUGAUCAUCAGCUGCAUGGGGUUAGUUUGUCGAGGCAAUCAAUCUGCACCAACGAGGAUGAUGAUUUUGGUCCGGAUGACCGUAUGAAGAUAUACAUGUCGAGAUUGUCGAUGGAGAGCUUUGAUGCUGAUGCGGAGUUUUCCGAUGAGAAAGAGGGGAAAGAACCGUUGGAAAUGGGACUGGAACUGUCGGAACUGGCGGCUUGUUACUCGCUUCCGGCCACCCCGCCUGGUUGGAGGAGUCGGAGUGGGGUGCUGCUGUCGUGGGAGCUGAUGGGUGUGGACAAGGAUUACACUAGUGAGACUGAAACUCUGAGGCAAAAAGUGAGCAAGAAUCUGAGGAAGAGGAGGAUGAGGAAGGAAAAUUUGGUAGGUAAAAACAGAACAGAGAGUGGUGGUGAAAAGAGGGAAGGGGAUUUUUCGGUUGGAUGUGGGAAUUACAGUGGCAGUUUUAGUGGCGAGAGUGAGGGAGGAGGCAGCGGAGGCGGCGUGGUGGUGAUAACGAGGCCGAAAGGAGGGAGGAGGUCGUUGUGUAUGGACUUAGAGGAAGUGAAGGCUUGCAGAGAUCUGGGGUUCGAGUUGGAGCACGAGCGGAUGUUGGAGAUACCGAGUCUGGCCGUUUCCCUCUCUGGAUCCACUCUUGACACAAGCAGUGGUGGCGAUUCUCCCAUCGCCAAUUGGCGCAUCUCAAGCCCUGGUGAUGAUCCAAGAGAUGUCAAGGCUCGACUGAAGGUGUGGGCACAGGCAGUGGCUCUGGCGUCUGCAUCUGGCAUUGCAGCUGAAUAACCUGCUCUUACAUGAGCUUCCUAUGUUCCUUUUCUUCAUUAACUUGCUCCUUCCAAAAGGAUGUUUCUUUUCUAGGCUAGCCAUUUCAAUACUAUGUUUCUCUUUUAAUUUCUUCGCGCACAAGAUGUAACAUUCUCUGACUGUAAAUAUAACAAUUAACAAGAUGGAAGAUGAGGAUGAAGCUUGGGAAUUGGCUUAAAAAACACACAUUCAAUCA